AUGACCCACCGCUGCCUGCUGGCUGCUUUCACCUUCAUUCCCGCCAUCGCAGGAGCAUUUCCUCUCCUCCCGCCUGCGCUGAUCCGUCCCUCUUCUCGAUCGCCCCUCCCUGUAGCAGCAGCAGCGGUCGUCAAGCCAUGCGGCAGCCGUCCGUGCAUUGAGCGCCAGCGCACGCAACCCACGCCAUGGACGCGCGCAUCGCCGCCCACCGCUUCACACCGCUGCUCACCGCUGCGCGCACCGCUGCUCACCCUUGCUCACGGCCUUCAAGAUGCUGAAAGGUGCAAUUGCUAUCUCACUUGGGAACCUCAAGGAGCCACGAGCAUGGCAGGCGCGCACACUCGUGUGGAGGCAGCACUGGGAGUUGGAGAAGCGGCGGCAGGGCCUUGGGGUUUUGAGACGUCUCAAAGCGCGCACAGUCACGUGGAGGCAGCACUGGGAGUGCAAGGAGUUGGAGAAGCCGCAGGGCCGCCUUGGCCUCCCGACAGCCUGCAUCACUCUGCUCGUUUCCAGGCUGAUAGGCAACAAGGAGGGCCGUCUCAGCAGCACGUGCAGGCGGUGCACCAUGGGCGGCUGUUAAGGCGUGAGGGGGUGCUUCAUCUGUGUCGGUUGCUGCUGCUUGCAGCGUGGGCAGCGGCGUGCAUUGCCGGUGCAUGGGGGCUGGCUGGGGACCACCGCGGCCUCAGAGCGGUGCUGACUGGUCCGCCUCACGAGCCCCUCUCGCCUCCAACGCUUCCCGUGCACCACCAUUACACCACCCCCACACCACCCCCACACCACCCUCACACCACCCCCACACCACCCUCACACCACCCCCACACCACCCCCACACCACCCCCACACCACCCCCACACCACCCCCACACCACCCCCACACCACCCUCACACCACCCCUACACCACCCCACACCACCCCCACACCACCCUCACACCACCCCCACACCAGCCCCACACCACCCUCACAUCACACCACCCCCACACCACCCCCACACCACCCGCACACCACCCCCACACCACCCCCACACCACCCUCACACCACCCUCACACCACCUUCACACCACCUUCGCACCACCUUCACACCACCCUCACACCACCCUCACACCACCCUCACACCACCUUCACACCACCUUCACACCACCCUCACACCACCCUCACACCACCCUCACACCACCCCCACACCACCUCACACCACCCUCGCACCACUCUCGCACCACCCUCAUUCCACUCUUACCCCACCCUCGUGCCACCCUCACACGACCUUGCGUCACAUCACUCUCACAUCACCCUCACACCACACCUCGCACCAGCCUCACACCCCCCUUCAUCUCCCCGCCCCCCCCCCCAAACCCCCCUUCACCCCACCUCACGCCCCUCUCUCUCUCCCGCUCCCCCCCCCUCUCCCAGACUGUACGGACAUCUUGGCAGCAGGAGUGGCUCUCACGCCCACCACCGACACACACACCGCACCUGCCACCUCCGUGCCCCCCUCCUCCACCGCCAACUCGAAUAGCACCUUCUUGAAUUUCACCUCCCCCACUGUAGAUGGCACCUCCCCCAACUCUACUGCCAGCAGCAGCAGGGCGGGCGAGUGGGGGCACCACCGGCGGUACGAGCGGCGGGCGGGGCAGUGCUGGAGCCGGGCGGAGCUGCCUUGCUAUGUGGGCAUCAGCAGGCACACACGGGUGCAGCAAGAGCAACAACAAAGCAAAGAAAGCACGGGGGACAUUUUUUCCCCCGAGGGAGCUGGGCAGAACGAACAGCAGCAGCAUGGGAUGUCGGAGCAGCUGCAGGUGAAGCUGCGGCAGUACCACACGUACCGCCGCGAGUGCCUCCACCGCGAGCCCCUCCACCACCUGCGCUCCACCCUGCUCGCCGGCAAGCCCACCGCCUGCCGCUACCUUGUCUUCUACCACCCGUCUGACGGCCAGGGCAACCGCCUCAUCUCCCUCGUCUCCGCCUUUGCCUACGCGCUGCUGACCGAUCGGAUCUUCCUGUUGAGCUCUAAGAGUGGGCCCGCUGCCGUGCUGUGCGAACCGUUUGAGCACGGCGAGUCGUGGGUGCUGUUUGGGCGCGAGGAGAAGCUGGAGGAGCAUCAUGCGCAGGUGCUGGCGCUGAAGGUGGCCAGGGAGUGGCGGGAGGUGAGGGAGGGGAGGGAGAAGAAGGGGAAGAAGGGAGCACCAACAACAGUUUCUACACCCACCUCUCCUAUGUUUCCUCCCCCAAUGCCUCCAUCAUUUCAACCCCCACCCUUACCUCCCCCUCCCCCUCCCCCUCCACCCCCACUCCCACCGAUUCUUCCCAUGCCAACCCCACCACUGCCACCCACUGCACUGCCACCACAAGCAUCAUCACUGUCACUACCAACGCCACCAACACCACCAACGCCAUUUCCAAAGCCACCACCAGCAGAGGCAGCAGCAGCACCCCCACCACCCCCACCCUUACCCUAUCCGCCUCCCCCCCCACCAUUCGAAACGCCAGCAGAAGGGGAGGACGAAAUACCACCAAUCCCUCUUCGUCUGCCUCGCAGCAGCCUCCCACACCCCCUCACUCCCCAAGUUCCCACUUACUUCCUUCCUGAUUCCCCUCCAACACCCUCCCCAUUCCCCCCACCCUCUCCCAGUCUAAAGCCCUUCCGCUCCCUCUCCCGCCUCCUCCUCUUCCCCCGCAACCGCAUCUGGGCGCAACUCACCCACCGCUUCCACUCCCUCAUCGCCCCCGCGCCCGCGCGCAUUGGCCUGCAGGGCCGCUUCCCCACGCACGCGAACGAAGGUCGACUGCGGUACGACACGAUGAACAUGGGUCGAUGCCUGUUGGAUGCUCUCAACUCGUCGGUCCUGCAGGAGGCAAGGGAGAUGAGGCUUGGGGCGGAUUGGGAAGAGGGCGGGCGAUGGAGGGGGGUGGUGGAGGGGGCUGGGGCAGCGGAAGGAGGGGAGGUAGGGAGAGUUUUCACAAGCAGUGGCAGCAGUAGCAGCAACAGCAGUAGCAGCGACGGCAGUGGGGAUGACUAUGGGUUAGAGGGGUUGUCAGGGAAUGUGACAGAGGUGAUGGUGGCAUCUUUGAACGCUGCUCUAGUGCAUAACCUGUCAGUGGCAGUGACAGGCAACAUGAGUGCAGUGCGAGUGAGUGUGGGGCACGACGCCACACAUGCUGCCAUGGGUGUUAUACUACCGCCCAUUAACAGCAAUGCUGCUUCUCCUGCUCUUCCUGCUGCUGCUCCUGCGCCCAUGUCUCCAGAUGUAGCCAACAGCAGCAGCAGCAACGGCGCAUCCGACACCCACGUCCACAUAGUCCGGCUAACGAUCGAUGAGAAGCAGAACAAUGGCGAUAAGGCUGGUGUUGACCGAGCAAUGGUGGACAUCUACACUCUAGCUCUCUUCUCCGACGCCCUCAUCAUCUCCGAGGUCUCCACCUUUGGCUACCUCUGCGCCUCGCUCUUUGGUGUGCCCCGCACCACGUUCGUCAGUGCCACGUGCAAGCGAGCGCCGCCUGAGCCGUGCUUGCACUUCCCACCGGGGAACGAGCGGUGCCCGGAUGGCCAGGCACAGGUGCUAGAGCAGGCGUUGGCUGCAGACCCGCAUGUGCCGCUCAUGCACUGCGUGGAUGUGAGAAAUGGGCUCACAUUGAAGCCUCUUGAAGGAUGGGAGUAG